GUGAGAAAAGCAUAUACGACAAGCCAGGGGAGAAAGGUGACUGGGAUCUACUAAACUACGGCGAUAAAAGAGAUAAACCGCUGCAGGACAGCUUCGAAGAUGAAAAUAAUGAGGUGAAAAUUCAUAAAAAGCAACGAAUGAACACUUCGGGCGAAUCAACCUCAAGUUCACCGCUAAAGCUUGAGUCAAAUGACGAGACCUCUCCGCCGAAACGAGUACUCUUCGCUCAAAUCGACAAUCUUCGCAUGAAGUCCGUUCAUUAUUGCAGCUUGCCGACUAUAUAUUACGGCGCGCGCACUCACAAACAAAUAGCGCAGGUGAUCAAAGAGUUUGAGCGAACGUCGUACUGCGGCGAGGUGCCGAUGUCCCUACUCUCCAGCAGGGACCAAAGCUGUAUACGAGAGUUCGACAAGGCACUGUGGAAGUCCAAGAAUGAUAUGUGCAGGGGGUGUACUAAGGUGGUAGGUAAAAAGGAGAAGCAGAAAGUAGACGAGCCUACUUGCAUAUACUACGACAAUAGAAAGGCACUGAAUCACGAAACCAUGCCGCCCGCGUUCGACAUCGAGGAUCUGGUGAGAGCUGGCGAGGAGAAGACGGCGUGUCCGUACUACGCGGCCAGACUUAUGGCGCAGCAGGCUCACAUCAUCUUCUGCCCCUACAACUAUCUGAUCGACCGCGGCAUCAGGAGUAGCUUGAACAUCAACUUGACAGGAGAGAUAGUGAUAAUAGACGAAGCUCACAACAUAGAGGACGUUUGUAGAGAUGCGGGCACGUUCACUAUAACACAGCUACAAGUGCAGGACGCUUUGGAUCAUCUACAAAAAAUAACAACGUAUCGUUUUGAAAAGUCCAAUGGUAUUGAAAACAUCGAAAGUUUAAUACGAACACUGAAAAAUUGGGAAGACUGGUUUAUAAACAACCGGCGCAUGGUGGAGUCGCUGACGUCACACAAGCCGGGCGAGCCGUUCGCGUUCAACACGGACUCCUUCGUCAAAAGCCUCGCCAACCACAACCUUGGCUUCGCGCAGUACCCUGAAUUCAGACACAACUCGACGCAGUUCUGCCGGAGGGUUCGUGAAGAGCCCGACGCUUUCGUGUUCGUGAAGCAGGACACGACUUCGCUGCUGGAAACUAUCGACUCUGCACUCGACUAUCUGUUCCGCUCGGAUUGCAAAUACAUAAACGACUACAAACCAAUAUUCGAGAUCGAGACCACCUACCAUAAGGACUACACCGUAAAGACCGGCAGCCUCCGCCUGCUGUGCCUGUCGCCGGCGGUGGUGUUCGGCUCGCUGGCGGCGGCGCGCUGCGUGGUGCUGGCCUCGGGCACGCUCGCGCCCACCGACAGCUUCGCCUCCGAGCUCGGCGCACACUUCCCGCUCUGCAUCAGCCCCAACCACAUCAUACCCAGGAACAGGGUGUGGGUGGGCACGCUGGGCAGGACGCUGAGCGGCAACGAGCUGACCUGCACCGCCAGGACCCUGGGCCAGGUGGACGUGCUGGACUCCAUCGGCGCGGCGGUGCGGCGAGUGUGUCGCGUGGUGCCGCACGGGGUGCUCUGCUUCCUCAGCUCCUACUCACUCAUGCACCAGCUCAUCGCCAGAUGGAAAUUGACUAAUUUAUGGAGCGAAAUAAAAAGUUUGAAACACGUCUUCAAAGAAAGUAAAGACGCGAAAACACAUCACGAGAUAAUGGAGGAUUAUUACAAGUACUGUUCGGGCACGAAAGGCGCGCUGUUGUUCGCCGUGUACCGCGGCAAGGUCUCCGAAGGCAUGGACUUCGCCGACGAGCAGGCCCGCGCCGUCAUCGCAGUAGGCGUACCGUUCCCGAACUUUGGCGAGCAGGCAGUAGUUGCCAAAAGGGAUUACAAUAACAAAUAUAAAAAGGAGAGGAACUUGCUCUCUGGCGAUGAGUGGUACAUAACUCAAGCGUACAGAGCGCUGAACCAGGCGGUGGGUCGGUGCGUGCGGCACCGCGCGGACUGGGGCGCCGUGCUGCUGCUCGACCGCAGACUGCAGCUGCACGCACAUCUGCGGUACCUGCCCAAGUGGCUGCGGAACUUUUUGGAUAACAACCACCACGACUCACUCGACUCUCUGUUCGAGAGUUCUCAAGGUCUAGAGCGUUUCAUCCAGCAGAUGACCUUGCAGGAUCAAGACGAUCUCAACCGAUCACUCAGUCAAGAAUAAUGCUUAAGAACUAUCAUAACGUAUAUUAAUGCGAAAGUUUGUAAAGUCUGAUAUAAGUAAAUAGACUGCUCAACUGAUUUGGAUGACGUUUGGCAAACUAUGGUCUAUCCGUGUCUUGAUUAAGUACACAGAAGAGUUUUUGUCCGAAAGGUCUUUCAUCCUAGCGUUGUUGUAAACAAUAUUCAGUUAUUAAUUAAGUUCUUGAAGUCAAAAGUAUUGUUAAAGUUCAUUUUUGCUUGAGACAUGAGCUAUUCAUCAAAAUUAUAACCCAAUUGUAUCCAAAAGAUUUGAUUGUUUUAGACAUGUGUAAUUGUAAUUAAUGGAUUCUGUAGUAUUUUAUCCUAUUUGUAACUUUUAUCUAAUGUUGAAAAUCAAUACUUAAAUAUAAUCUAAACUAAAGCUAUAUGAUCCCAGAUGUCGCUAGUACUGAUAUUACUUUUGAUUGUACUGGAUUAUUAUAAAAAAGCAUGUGUCAAUUUCUUCUAUCACGUCGCGCCGUCCUAAUGACGAAAAACAAAACAUAAUUUUUGUAUUCUGUAAAUGUUGUCGUGUGUCAGUUAGAGCAUUAUAUUUAUGCAGCAAAUGGUUGUAUUUGUAUGUGAUGUAUUACUGUGAUUUGUUUUUUUUUUUUAUAUUUGUAUACUCUAAAAACCUUUUUUGGCCCAAUCAUUAUAUUAUGUUUUCCUAAUUGUAACAACUUCUUAGGUCUACUUUAUAAGGUGUCUUCUAUCAAAUACUCAAAUACACUUUACAAAGUAAAAUAAAACCCCAAAAUCACAAUGUUUCUACUUUUCUGUGUAAUAAAUAAAACAUUGACAACUUAUAAAUAGUAUAAUUCAUGGCUAAUACUGAUUGUACAUAAUAAUAUAUUAACUACCUUACUAAUAUGAUGCAUUCGGUUAUUACAAUUAAACAAUGUUUUAUCUUGCGUCCUCUAACAAUCGAUAUUACUGGAUAUACAGCCGUUUUCAACAAUCAAUUCCAAUCUCAAUCUUAAAACCGAUUCCGACAAUGAAGCAAUCAAAAUAACUCAUUUGUAAGCAUGUCAAAAAAACUGUUCUGAUUGGUCCAUUAUUAAUAUAGAUCAAAAAAGCGAUUCUUCAUUUAAAACGGCGGAUCGAAUUCUUUAUUUAAAAUGGCGGAUAGUGAGACACAACACUGUAUAACCGUCACAAACGUAUACGCUUUUUGGUAAGGUAAGUUUGAACAUCUUCAAGCAUGGAAUCUCUGGAAUUUGUCUUCACGAGGUAGCUACUAAAGCAGGACGAGUUACGGCUUGCUUCCGGGCGCUGAAAAUAUAUUCAGUUAGCUAAUACAUAGUAUUUUGUGUAUGGGUUGGGUAUGCUACGGUAUUUGAUUAAAUUUUGUUAAUUUCAUCUACUAAAUAUUUGGCUCAUAUAAAAAGUAAUAUAAAAAUAUAUAAUUAUAAGCGUCUAUAUUUCGAUAGAAGGGGUAAAUGUCAAGAAACGAGAAAAAGUGACUUCAUCAAAAAUUACUAUGCAUGCGAUAGAAUGAGACGGGGCGAUAUCCCAACUAUGCGGCCACACCCGCACAGUGCUACAUUUAAAAUAUGAAAUAUGUACUAAUUUCUUAGUUACACAAGCUCAUUUAUUUACUUACUUUUUAGUGCAGUCCACUUUCCGUAUGUGCCUCCUCAAAUGUGAAAUGUGGGUAAAGCGACUGCGGCAGAUGUCACAAGAAUAAGGACGUUCGCCGGUGUGGUACCUAAAGCCAAGUAUACACUGACUUAGUUUACAAGUACACUACAUAACGACUGUUAGAAAAAUUGGUCCUUCGAGCCGGAUUUUUUAUUAUAUUUAAAGGUAAUUAAUGUAUGUUUUACAUAAGAUGAUUGUUAUACAAUUAGUUUUAACUGUGUUGCACGAAUAUGACUGUCUAUGUUAAACAUUAUAUAAUAAAUAUUUUAAUAAAACGAAA